AUGGGUGUUUUCACGUACGAAUCCGAGUUCAUCUCCGUCAUCCCCACCCCCAGGUUGUACAAUGCCUUUGUUCUUGAUGCUGACAACCUCAUCCCCAAGAUUGCACCAGAGGCAGUGAAGAGCACUGAGAUCCUUGAAGGAGAUGGCGGAGUUGGAACCAUUAAGAAGAUCAACUUCGGUGAAGGUAGCAUAUACAGCUAUGUCAAGCACAAAAUCGAUGGAGUUGACAAGGACAACUUUUUGUACAAGUAUAGUGUCUUUGAGGAAGAUGCUAUAUCCGAAACAAUUGAGAAAAUCUGUUACAAGACUAGUUGGUGGCUUUCAGCAGCGGUUGCGGAAUCAAGAGAAGGCCUCCCAUCUCUUCAAGCUGAUUGAGAACUGCCUCUUGGAGCACUAGGAUGCCUACAACUAAACAUUGUCUGCUGCUGCAUUCAUGUGUUAUUCAGUAUCGUGUCAUCUUUUCCAUCAAAUAUUGGUGUGAUUUUAAUCUUUUUUUUUUUAUAUAUUUUUCCCAAUCUAAAACAAUGUUUGGCUUGUAUGUAAUUGAAGGUUUUGAUUGAAGAGUAAAUGUUGUAUUUCCUUUCAUUAGCAAUAAACUAAAAAUUAAUGGAUCUAAUUAUUCCUGUAAGGUUUUUUUUAUUUUUUAUUCUUUUCUAUUUUUAAUGCAAAUUUGUAGUUACGAAUGUUAAGUUCCAUUUUCCUAACUACUUUAAUUUACUUAACCGAUGGGAAGCGACAUUUCAAUUACCAGCAAAUCAUAAUAAUUGAAUAACAUCUGAACCUCUCCCUCAUAAUACCCUUAAGUGAUG